AAUGCUCUCCACUCUCAAUAUCUGCUCUCUUAUUGUCAAAGAACCGGGUGUACUCGUGCCGGUUGCCGUUGGCAACGGAGACACGCUUCCAUGCAGCGUGCAGCUGCUGAUUGUCAAGAGAAUUUUGUAAUUGAAAUGAAUGGAACAAACUAUUUUUAAUGGCUCUUCUGUUCGCUUGAAGAGAAAAGGAGGCAGGAGCACCACGGUUAAAAAGAAACAUGUCUGUGAGCACACAACUCAGGAUGGGGUGGAAAGUGAGAACAUCAGGAACACAAGGAGCAGAAACACACCUCGCCUUAUGCCUCAUCAGGAGGAGCCAUCAAAUUCCCAGGAAUCAAACUCGGGCCACAAAGGGAAAAAGGAAAAAACGCUCCAAAAGAUUGGAGAUUUUCUUCAGGGCUCUCCGACCUUUCUAGGGAGUAAAGCAAAGAGGAUCAUGGGAUUGAUGAGCGGAAAGUCCCCUGAUGGGGGAGGGGCUUCUUUGAAAAUCAAAUGUUCCAGACGAAAACACGACAGACCUGACAUCUCAUCGCCAAUGGACAUACCUGCCCAUCAGAUCAUUGGCCGAAAUCUAGAGGUGAAACAGAGCGAAAAUCUUAUCAAGAAACGUCUUCGUACCAGGACCGGUAAAUGACCUCACAGAGGGAAAGGAAAUGUUUUUGCUCCCUUGUGUAUUUUUUUUUAUCAAACCUUUUUUGCACAUUUUCAUAUACAGUAUCUUUAGAUUUUUAGUUUUCUUUAAUUAGUUUAUCAAAUAAUAUAUUAUGCUUGAACUGUAAUGAACACUAUUUUAAUGACCUUUUAACUGCAAUUUUGUAUGAAAGUAAAAUUAGUAAAAACAACGUAAAACAGACUUUGCUGCUAGACUUAACAUGGACAUACAGAAAUCACUACUGCACAUUUCUGAACACACAGUUAGUAAAUCCAGGGUUUAUAGUUUACAUUGUGGUUAUUCUACCCUGCAAAUAAAUGUAAAACACAGUUUUUCCUCCCUAACCACUUUCUAGUCAAAGAUAUGACACACACACACCAAAUAUAGCACUGAGUAAAAGAUUGUGGGUUAAUUCCUGGUUUUAUUGUUUAUUUUCACUUAUUUCAGUUAUUUUGUUUCUGUACACAUCAGUCUGUCACAAAAUUGGUAUGUCACUCACAUGUAUUAAAACUCUCUAUUAAGAUGGCAGUAAAACUGUGAAGCGGUUGCUUAAUAAUACCCAAUUUGUGAGUCGUUUGAAUUACUGAACAAAUACCUACAUUUUCCCAUCAUGGCAAGCGGCGCCGUGCUUUUAUCUAAGAUGGUAUUCGGCGAGAGAAAGGAAGGGUAAGGAGCUAGGAGCAGGUCUACUGUUUGUUAGUACUGAAUGGCAGGAUGUGAAUGGGGUGGCUGUUUGCAACGAUGAUUCAUGGUGUCAGAAAUGUGGGAGAAUGUGGUGAAGACAGAAUGGAGGAGGGAAAACUGGCAGUGCGAGGAGGAGGCGAAGUUAUAAACACGCAUGUUCAGGUCCAGCUGUGUGUGUGCAGGCAGAAUUAUUGUGACGUCAUAACUGCCAUCAUUAGAAAAAGAAAAAACUGAAAUCACUGUGUUUUGUUUAUGUGUGCUUAUACUACGUGUACAGUCAAGACUCGGAUGUGUAUGUGCUUCCCAGUUAAUGUAAACAUCGUGUAAUCGUGAGUUUUGAUUGUAUGUGUUACAUUGCGUCGUGUGUUCUCGUCUGUCUUUGAGGGUGCAAGGUGAGUCAUUACGGCUAUCAUUUGAUUGCGUCACUUAAUUGAUGCACUGUGACAAAAAUCCAGUCUUUCUAUAAUUUGUUCUCAUUUAUUUUUGUCACCACAAUUAUGGGGAGGAAUACGUGCUUUGGCCUCAUCCAAGGGCAUCCAGGCCCGGUAAACAAUGCGGUAUAUCAUCUGCCGCACCUAUAAUUUAACACAGAAAAUUACUACAUCAGUUGUAAUGAUAAACAGCUCUGUUUUAGCCAGCGCUGUCGCCUGCGGUAAGAGACUUGAGAGCCUGCGGAGAUGGUUGUAACUGCUCGUCCUCAUCAGAUGUGCUUUAAAUAGGUUUGAAACAAAGAAGUGAUAUCAUUAAAAGGAUUUCGACAUGAACGUUUCCACUUCGUGUAUCUGUUCGCUUUAAUCCGAGCAAUUGGUUUAGGCUAUGAGAAAAUGAAUGCUUCUUAGUCACACGCACCAUCUUGCCCUGUUCGUGCCAGGUUGAGGACGUAAUCUGUACCCAUACUGCUGAGUGACUAUAAUACAUUUGUCCUGUUCAGAUGAAGUGUUAUCUUGCCAUGUUGCUGGGGAAAAAAUGUUCAGCCAGAAAUGACUGAACAAAAUAGUUUGUGACUUUUAUUUCUUAUGUAAAUCAAAAAAAUGAGAUUUUAAGUGAAUCAUGCUGAAUAACUCUGCAGACUAUUCAUAU